UCGUCAUGGCAGGAGCUAUAACAUUGUUCUGUUUCUCAUUAUUGCUAUUCUGUUCCUAUGCUCUGGUAUCUACAGGGAGCAGCAAUGUGACAGCCGAUGAGCUCACGCUACUCGCAUUCAAGUCGGCGUUCGCUUCUGCGGGCUCCUUGGCAUCAUGGAACUCCUCCAGCCACUACUGCAGCUGGCCAGGGGUUGUUUGCAGCCGUCAGCACCCCGAGAGGGUCACCUCACUAAGGUUCGGCUCUUCUCACCUCUCUGGGCGCCUCUCACCAAUUCUUGGCAACCUGUCCUUUCUCAAGGUUCUUGAUCUGCACGACAACAACCUCGUCGGGCAGAUACCUCAGGAGCUUGGUCGUCUCAGCAGGCUUCAGGUGCUUAACCUGAGCACAAACUCUCUCCAAGGUGGCAUUCCUGUGCCUCUGCUGGUAGGAUGCAGCAACCUCACAAUGCUUCACCUAAGCGAUAACCGACUCCAAGGUCGGUUCCCCACUGAGAUAGGUGCCAGCCUGAAAAAUCUUGUGCUUUUGAAUGUUGAGAAAAAUGGUUUCUCAGGGGAGAUCCCUCCAUCUUUGGCGAAUUUGCCCUUGCUGGAAGUACUGAAUUUGAGAGUCAAUCGGUUCUCUGGUGAGGUACCCCCUGCGUUGGGCAAUCUCUCAAACCUCAUCAUUCUUGGUCUCGAUUACAACAAGCUAUCUGGCGCGAUACCUUCAUCUUUAGGCCACUUGUCCAAUUUAUCUAGGCUAACUUUAGGCUUUAACAAUUUUACUGGCCUGAUCCCCAAUUCUAUUUGGAAUAUUUCCUCUCUACAAGCAUUCACUGUACAACAAAAUUAUUUAAGUGGAAGUCUUCCUCCAAAUGCAUUCAAUUCUUUUCCCAAUCUGCAGAUUAUAGGAACCGAUCACAACCAGUUCCAUGGCAGUAUCCCUGCAUCAAUUGCUAACGCUUCCAGUCUAUGGUUGGUUCAGCUUGGUGCUAACCCCUUAAGCGGCAUCAUUCCUCCAGAGAUUGGAGGCUUAAAACAUUUAAAACUUCUAGAGCUUUCAGAAACUAUGCUUGAAGCCAAAGAACCCAACGAUUGGAAAUUCAUAACUGCAUUGACCAAUUGUUCCAAGUUUACUGCAUUGUACUUGAGUACUUGUAACUUAGGAGGAGUGCUUCCUGAUUCACUUUCCAAUCUGUCCACCACCAUGGCAGCUCUUUACCUUGACACGAACAAAAUUUCAGGAACCAUACCUAAAGAUAUUGAUAACCUCAUCAACUUACAAGCUCUUGGUCUCGAUAACAACUAUUUCACAGGAACUCUUCCCUCCUCCAUAGGCAGGCUUCAAAAUCUGCAAAUCCUCUCUGUUGCAAACAACAAAAUUGGCGGGCCAAUCCCACUGACAUUAGGAAAUCUUGCAGCACUGAAUAUGCUAAAUCUCGGAUCAAAUGGUUUUACUGGUAGCAUACCAAGCAUUGUUGGAAACCUUACAAACUUAUUAUCUCUAAACCUAUCUAGUAAUGGUUUUACAGGCCACAUUCCAAGGGAAGUAUUCAACAUUUCCACUCUCUCUAAUGGUUUGGAUCUAUCCAAUAACCACUUGGAGGGCUCAAUACCUUUAGAGAUUGGAAAUUUGGAAAGUAUUAUAGUAUUCCAUGCAGAGUAUAACAAAUUAUCAGGUGAAAUUCCUAUUACCAUCGGUCAAUGCCAACGCCUCCAGAACCUCUAUCUCCAAAGUAAUUUCAUAGCUGGUGGCAUCCCAUCAGCCCUGGGUCAGCUCAAAGGUCUUGAAACUCUUGAUCUUUCACGCAACAAUUUGUCAGGUCCAAUACCCAAGUUCUUAGGGGACCUUACAUUGCUCUAUUCUCUGAACUUGUCAUUCAACAACUUUGUUGGAGAAGUGCCAACUGCAGGUGUUUUUGCAAAUGCUUCUGGAGUCUCAAUCAAAGGCAAUGGUAAACUUUGCAAUGGAAUAACUGGACUACAUUUGCCUCCUUGUUCGAUAAAGCGACCAAAGAAAAAACAAAACCUUGUGGUUGUGCCCAUUGUUAUUUCUCUUGUCGCAAUACUGGUCAUCCUUUCAUCACUCUACAUUCUUAAAUCAUGGCGCAAGAGAAGCAACACAAAAACUCCUUCAACAAUACUCAUGCAAGGCCACCCAUUGAUCUCGUACUCUCAGUUGGUGAAAGCAACAAAUGACUUUUCUCCUACCAAUUUUCUGGGCUCUGGAUCAUUUGGAUCAGUAUACAAAGGAGAGUUAGAUUGUCAGGAUGGGGAAGGUAAAGAUCUUGUUGCUGUGAAGGUACUAAAGCUUCAAACUCCUGGGGCGCUCAAGAGUUUCAUAGCUGAAUGUGAAGCACUCCGAAACAUGCGACACCGGAAUCUCGUCAAGAUAGUUACAGCUUGUGCAAGCAUUGAUGCCAGAGGAAAUGACUUCAAAGCAAUUGUGUAUGACUUUAUGCCUAAUCAGAGUUUAGAUGGUUGGCUACAUCCUGAACCUAAUGACCAAACAGAACAAAGGUACUUGGAUCUCGCAGAAAGAGUGGCCAUACUGCUAGAUGUGGCUUACGCAUUGGAUUAUCUUCAUUGUGAUGGCCCAACACCUGUUAUACAUUGUGAUCUUAAGCCAAGCAAUGUGCUCUUGGAUGCUGAUAUGGUAGCCCACGUUGGAGACUUUGGUCUGGCCAAGAUUAUUACUGAAGGUAGCACUAUUGUCCAACAGUCAGCAAGCUCAGUGGGAGUUAGAGGGACAAUCGGUUACGCUGCCCCAGAGUAUGGUGCUGGAAAUGUGGUGUCAACAAAUGGAGACGUUUACAGUUAUGGAAUUCUUGUGUUAGAAAUGGUAACUGGGAAGAGGCCCACUGAUAGCAUCUGUGCACAAGGAAUGAGCCUUCGUCAAUAUGUCGAAAUGGCCCUACAUAAAGGAACAAUGGAAGUGGUUGACAUGCCUCUGUCCUUGAGCCUCAAGAAUGAAGUUCAUGAUGCAAGUGCUUCAUACAAUAGAAAGAUUGAGGCCCUGAUUUCACUACUUAGGCUUGGACUGUCAUGCUCUGAGGAAAUGCCGACCAGUAGGAUGCCAACUGGAGAUAUCAUCAAGGAGCUGGUUGCCAUCAAAUCUUUAAUCCACAUUUAGAUGCUUCGACCUGACUUCAGAGGUUUCACAGUUCCAUCAGCUGGAAUAAUUGUUGGAUAACGGAUGGUUGGUGGAGGAAACAUGAAUCUUCACUUCAUACGGAAUGACAUGCAGUUGCCUUCAUGCUUUAUGAUGUACUAGCAAUAAUAUUAUACCUGCUUCUCUCUGUUUUCCAGGGUGAAUUGCAAUUGUCUUCAGAUUUUUAGGACAAAUACCACAUGUAUGAAGUAGUACCUGAAAUAUAAGGUUUUUGCUAUGUGCAUGGACAAGUACAUGUCCUGGUGCAUAGGCAUAGCCAAUUAGCCAUAAUCCCUUGUAUUUCGGGAUGGAUGUAGUACCUAUUGGAUUUCUCUGUUAAACUUUGUAUGGAGCAU